AUUCAUUCAACGGGGGUCGGUUGGACCGGUGCGCAACAUCGCCACCAGCUGGUCGGAUGUGGAUCCUGCAGGAAGUUGUUGCCUUCUCAUAACAUGAUCAGAACGCCUGUCACUGUCGGCUUCAAGUGAGCGAGGAAGACUUGGGCUCGUCUUCAAUCUUACCAUGAAGAUAUGAAUCCGCACCAUGGACUGUUCAACUGGAGACGCAAGUGUGACGCCAGUGAAAGACUUGGUAAAAGUGUUAUACGGAGGGAGAAGAUUUGGUCGUCACGUGGACGAGGUUUGGCCAGACUUGUUCCUUGGUGACAUGUCAAUAGCCAACGAUCGCUACAGUCUGUGGAAGCUCGGCAUCACUCAUGUUGUGAAUGCAGCCCACGGGAGGAUGUUCUGCCUGGGGAGUCAUGACUUCUAUGGAUCCGCUGUAGAUUAUUAUGGAGUGCCUGCAGAUGACUCACCGUCUUUCGACCUCUCUCCUUAUUUCCUCCCCUCGGCUGAAUAUAUUCAGAGAGCACUUGACACGGCCGGUGCUCGAGUUCUUGUCCACUGUGCAGUUGGGGUUAGCAGGUCCGCGUCCCUCGUCCUGGCCUAUCUCAUGAUCCAACAUCACUUCACGUUACUUGAGGCCAUCAUGAAGGUGAAGCAGCACCGCUGGAUCUUCCCAAACAAAGGAUUCCUCAAACAGCUGGUGACUUUGGAUUUGAAGCUACAUGAAGCUCAAAACAUACCAGCCAAAUCAAUUUAACUCUCAAAACCAUAUGAGCGCUGGCUAAUAUGUCCUCACAAGAUCACUGUCUUAUCAUAGAUUGGCCCACACAAGAAUAUUUAUACUUGCACACACACACGCGGGCGCACAUAUGUAUGUCUUCCUAUCUUAGUGAGGACCGUCAUUGACAUAAUGCUUUCCCCGCUUCUCAAUCUAAACCUAACCAUCUCAAAGAAAUGGCUAAACUUAACCUUUACUCUUAACCAAACUAAAACCCAAUUAUAAUAACCUGGCUAUUUUGUAGUUUUAACCCUCAAAAUGAGGCUUGGAAAAGUGAAGACCAGUCAAAAUGUCCUAUCUUUGCAAAGCAUGUCCUCACUCUGUUGACUCAUACAGGUUCUCACAUAGAUAGAAGUACAAGAACACACUCUCACAAGGUCAUGUUUUUAUGUUUUAUGACACCAUUAUGCACAACUGAGCCGCAAAUCCUAUGAAAUGUUUUUCCUGAUAUUUGGACAGCCACACCAUUACUCACAGUCACAGAGAGAAAAGUGAAAGUUGUUACUUGUUCUUAAAUAAUUUCAAGUUCAAUGUGUUCUAUUGAGAUAAAAAUGCUGUCA